AUAAAAACAGGAAAAUUAAGAAGUGCUCAACUCUGCAUGAUCAUGGGCAAAGAAAGAAGAAAAAUUCUUAUGCAAGGUUCAGAAGAGAAUGGAGUUUGUUAACGUUACGGAGUUGGAGCGCUGAGAGAAACCAAAAGCAAAAAAGUAAAAAAAAAAAACCUAAAAAAUCGCGAGAAUGGAACAGAGCGUUCUGGAAUGUCUGGGCGUUGAAAUCAUCGGCGUGAUGAGUCCGGUGUCGAUCUGCAUGUUCCUGGUGGUUCUUCUGGUCUACGCCCUCUCCUCGCCGUCAUCCUCUGCCGCCACCAUCACAACCGCCGCCAACCUCGUCUACGCCGAGAAUCCCGCCGAUAGCCCAGCGGAGAAGUUCGAGGGCGCGCUCCUCAACGCCGUCGUCUUCGUCGGCCUCAUCGCGCUCGUCACCUUCCUCCUCGUACUCCUCUACUACUACAACUGUACCUCCUUCCUUCGCCACUACACGCGCUUCUCCGCCUUCUUCGUCCUCGCCUCCAUGGGCGGAUCCAUCCUCCUCUCCCUCCUCCAGCGCUUCUCCAUCCCCCUCGACGCGGUAUCCUCCUUGCUUCUGCUCUUCAAUUUCACCGUCGUCGGAGUACUCUCCGUCUUCGCCGGCGGGAUCCCGAUUAUUCUCCGCCAAGCGUACAUGGUCUGCCUCGUGAUCAUCGUCGCUGCUUGGUUCACCAAAUUGCCUGAGUGGACCACGUGGACGCUCCUCGUUGCGCUCGCGCUCUACGAUUUGGUCGCCGUUCUCGCCCCCGGAGGCCCGCUCAAGCUCCUCGUCGAUUUGGCGUCCACUCGGAACGAGGAGCUGCCGGCGUUGGUCUACGAGGCGCGUCCUACUGUCGCUACCCGAACCCCCGCCGCCCUAGGAUUUAUGGUCGCCGGGGUUUCGGAUUCUGAAGCUUCUAGAAUUGAGCUUCAGGUAGUUUCUAGGGAUAAUGUAAGUAACAAUGAUGAUGAUGACGACGACAUUGAUGCGAAUCAUGGUGGGAGCGAUGAAGGGGAAAGGUCCCCAUUGGUUGGUGGAAUGAGAUUUGGCGAGGUUGUUAUUAAUGAGGAGAUGUCUCCCCUUGUUGAAAUGAGUGGGAUUGGGGAUGGUGAGGACGCCGAGAGAGUGAUGAGGGAGAUUGGUGGGGAGAGGGGGAUUAAGCUUGGCCUUGGGGACUUUGUUUUCUACAGUGUUCUUGUGGGGAGAGCUGCCAUGUAUGAUUUGAUGACAGUGUAUGCGUGUUACCUUGCCAUUAUUUCGGGACUGGGGUGCACACUGAUAUUGUUGUCGGUGUGCCGGCAGGCUCUGCCGGCACUUCCAAUUUCGAUCGCCCUGGGGGUUCUGUUCUAUUUUUUGACGCGGCUGCUGAUGGAGCCCUUCAUUGUUGGGACUGCCACCAAUUUGAUGAUGUUUUGAGGUUUUUGAGAUACAGGUUUGGCAGGCUAGGCUUUAGGAAUGUUCUAGUGGUUUCAUGUACAAGGAAUUUUUGCAUGGAAUGAUUAAGUAGGAUUAUAUCCAUUACAGCAAAUGAUAUACUUGUGCUCAUUUUCACAGAUAGUGUUGUAACUGAUGUUUGAAAUGAAAUGCAAUUCAACCACCCCUUCCAUGCCCUUUUCUCUAGAGAUUGUAAAUUUUAAAACUAAAAUGACUAGUUAUAUUAAGCAAGUCUUCCUUGUCCUUUUGUUGUACAUGAGAUUUGGAGAGGAAGUUAUUAUUUACUGGCACUUGCUGAGUUUAUCACAUCUACUUGAGUGUGUGUAUGGACUUUUCGUACAAUUUAUAGCCUCCAUAAUGGAUAUUAUCCAUCAUUUUUUGAGAUUAGUAUAUUUCUUACAAACCGAAAACAAUUCAGAAGGCUGUGUCAUGUUUGCUCAAAUUGUUGACUUUAAGCAAGAGGGUAGCAUUGACGGGUGAUUUUGUAUUAAAGUAUCACGUGUACAUUUUGAUGUGCACGAAAAGGGUGAUCUGCAUAUGUGCUUUUAAGUUGUACUAUAAUGCACACAAGUAAUUCUAAGGAUGUAUUUAUGCAUCGCUUACCAUUAGUUCUCUGCAGAUUAUAGACAAAACUUUGCUUACAAAUAUCUGAUUGAUUUAAGUCUGGCAGCAGUUAAAGGUUCCUUUCUUAUGCCUUUGAGAAAUUUGUUUUGCCUCUUAUAUAGUUCAAAGUUGUUUACUUUGUUGAGAAUAGUUUUUAGUGUACUGUGUCUCUUUCUCCCCACUGUUGUUAUAAGAAUGAAGUGAUACUGUAUGAAUAUCAAUCAAUUUAACUUUUAGGGUCUUGGCCUCCCCGUAUAUAGACGUUCCAAGUUAUAUACCUUCUAAAUCCAAAUUAAUAUCAAUACUAUUUACUGGUAUUCUACAUUCUUAACAUAUGUCCUUUUAUCUAGGUCUUGGAAUUGAAACAUACUUCAUCCUCCCAUUCUCGGUUGGGUUUAAAGAAUUUCUUCCAUAGAUAGCUCAUCUAAAUAAUCUGAUAAUGUUUGCAAUUUGUUCUUUUGUAAGGACAUAGGGCAUGCAGUCUGUCUAUUUUUCUUCUUUCAUUUUAAUGAAGUUUAUCUGCUUUCACAUGCUUGAUUCUGUCAUAAAAAAAACAG